AUGAUCAGUGGUCACCCUUAAGUGCCUGCCAUUGCGCGUUGCAUUUGCAUUGCGUUGCCCGCUGUUGCCCGUGAGAUUAUCGUUCUGACGGUUGUAAAUGUAACGUUUUUGUGAAAAUAUUGACCUAUUUACGUUGACGGAAAAUAUAAAUAAAUGAAAUUAAUAAACUCUCGUGAGAGUGUAUGCAACGUGACUAGUCCAUUUCAUAGGGAAUAGAAGUACAACUUUUUAAAUAUAAUAAAAUUGUAAGAGAAAAUGGCUGAAGAAAAUAAAAAAAUUUCUUUUGGUUUUGCAAAAUCUAUAAAAAAAUCAAUUUUGGACAAACAAAAGCUACACGAAGAGAAAAAAGUGGAUUAUAUAGAAUGUUUAGAUGAAAAAGCGAUUAAAGUGAUUGGGAAAGAAGAGAAAAAAGAAAAACCUCUUAUUAUUCCACUACUAGAAUCUAAUACCUGGCAUGAUAGAAUCAUUAAUAAAAUAGAUGCUUCAAAGUCAAGGAAAAACAAUGACAAUAUAUGCAAUGUCAAAGUUAAAGAAGAGCCAAAAAAUGUAUCUAAUGGUGAUUUAAUAUCAAUUAAUAAGGUUGUCUCUUCUUGUAACGUGCAAAUAAAAACAGAAUUGUCCACUGAAAGUAAAACGCUUAUUUUGGAUGAGCAAGCAGCAAAAGAAAUUAUAGAAGAUCUCAAUUCGAUAGAAGAAAAUAAAGAUGAAUUGUGUAAUAUAACUUUAUCUGUAGUUAAGGGACAGGAUUUAAAGGGUGCAGAAGAAAGUACAUUGGAAGAUUAUGAGAAAGUGCCACUAAGUAUCUUUGGUUCAGCUAUGUUACGAGGUAUGGGAUGGAAACCUGGUGAAGGAAUUGGUAAAAAUCCAAAGCUUGUAACACCUGUUGUACCUGAAUUACGGCCAAUAGGGAUGGGACUUGGUGCAGACAAGAUAGCAGUUAAAAAAUUGGACGGAAAAAUUCAAAAAGAAGAGGAAGAGUUACGAAUACAGAAAGGAAGUUUUAUAAAAAUCAUUGCUGGCAAGCGGUCUAAUGCAUAUGGCCAAAUAGAGGGCUUUGAUGAUGCUGGAAGAUUAAUCGUUAAAAUGGCACUAAAUGGAAAUAUCAUCUCUGUGAAUGAAUGCAUAGUUCAAGUAGUAACAAAGAUGGAAUAUUCGAAAAAUUCUAAAGUUCUAAAUGCUGCUAAAUAUGAAGAACAUAAGAAAAAGGAAGGAAGUGCAAGUAAACGAGAAUGUACAUCAUUGGAAAAUUUUAGUAACAAGCAUAACAGCGAUUCAGAUAUAUCUGAUAGGAAAAGAAAGCACAAAGAGAACGAUCGCGAACACAAAUCGAAAAAAUCAAGUAAAAAAUCAAAAACUCAACAAAGGGAUUUAUCUGAUAUCAAGAGUGACAGUGACAGUGACAGUGACAAUAAGAAAAGAAACAAAAGCCGAAGACGUUCGAGUAGUAACGAUAGAGCUAAAAGAGCAAAAAAAUCCAAGAAGCACAAAGGAAGAGCUAAGGAACGACAAAGGGAUAAGAUAUCAGGAUCUUUCGAAUCUAUCGAUAGAAGAAAAUUCAAAAAACACAGAUCUCGAUCAUCCAGUAGACGAUAACAUAUAUGUAUAUGUAUAUAAAUCACAAUAUAACAUAUAUAAAUGUUUUAUGUUCUAUAUUGACAUAUACAAUUUUUUUAUCUCUUUUUUUUAAAUAAAACUUAUUUUUUCAUAUGCUUUAAUCGUUUUCAGAUAAAUUUCCAAUUGUACCUUUUGAUAUUCUUCAGAUUAAUAUUAUAUUAAAGACUGGAGUAGAUUUUUUUUUACUAGCAGAAAAGCUAAGACUAGGUAUGUAAGAUUAAAAAAGCUUAUACAAAUUAAGUUUAAUACUAAAAUUCUGUAUUACGUCGAUCUUAUAAACAUAAAUAGUAAGUUGAAUAGAAUAAAGGAGAAAAAAUUUGUUUUUGAAUGA